ACAAAAAUGAGCUUACAAAAUGCCAAUUAUUCUUAUCAAUUUUGAGAUAAAAGUUAUAGUAUACAUCUUUAAGUGUAGCACGCAAUAGUUAAAAUUAUAUUCUAAGUUAAUGUGAAUCGCUACAAUGGCUUCAAUUAAUGUUCGUGACCAAAAAAUCGAACAGCAACGACAGCUAAUGGAAAUAAAAAUGAAACAGAAAAGACAGAAUUCUGGAAUGGUGCAGGCGAAUGAUUUAAGGGUUGGUUCCGCCAAGCGGCCUAUAUCUGGAAGCCGUUCGCGCGAACUACACGGCUAUGAUGGUCCGAUGCAAUUCCUUAUGUCGCCCGUCAAUCCAGACCAAGUAAUACCCCUCCAAACAAAUAGAAUGUCAACCUAUGAUGAGCUUGGCAAUCAAAUAGAAGUGCUCACAGUUGGUGAUGGAUCUGGAAGCGGGGAGGAAGAAGAGGAAAGUGUGCCGGUGUGCAGUGUGGGUCGGGACGCCAGCGCUGAUGACGUGUGCGCUGAUGCUGCAGUGGCUCCGAUGCAAGCGAGGACUGCGAAUCGUGAUGUUUCACCCAGCCAGACGGCGGAAAUAGAAGGGUCCGUAGAGGGCGCUGUAGAAACGUUUGUGGUGACACCAGCAAAGCACGGCACGCUGUACAAGUGUCGAAUAGCACGGGAUCGCAAAGGCAUGGAUCGUGGGUUGUAUCCCACAUACUUCCUGCAUUUAGAGAAGGAUUAUGGGAAGAAGGUGUUUCUAUUAGCCGCACGCAAACGCAAGAAGUCCGCAACGUCCAAUUACUUAAUCUCUACGGAUCCAACGGAGUUGACCCGCACCGCGGACAGUUUUGCGGGCAAACUGCGGUCCAACUUGCUCGGAACUGCGUUUACGGUAUAUGACAACGGGAAAGCUUGGAGGAAACACGACCAUGCGCGCACGAGGCACGAACUUGCCGCUGUUGUAUAUGACACAAACGUUUUAGGGUUCAAAGGCCCACGCAAAAUGACGGUUAUCCUGCCGGGCAUGACGCCUGACAGGCAACGGGUCACUAUCGCCCCUCAAGAUGAUAGCGAGACUCUCCUCGAACGUUGGAAGAGUCAAACGCUGGACGAUAUAGUGGUGCUCCAUAACAAGACGCCGGUGUGGAACGACGAAACUCAAUCGUACGUACUGAACUUCCACGGCAGAGUGACCCAGGCAAGUGUUAAGAAUUUUCAAAUCGUCCACGAGUCAGAACCAGAUUAUGUUGUCAUGCAGUUCGGUAGGAUAUCGGAGGAUGUUUUCACUAUGGACUUUAGGUAUCCAUUAUGCGCCCUCCAAGCGUUUGGUAUAGCACUUAGCUCAUUUGACAGCAAAUUGGCAUGUGAAUAAGUUUUUAUGUGACUAUAAUAUGUAGUUUUUUUAAUGUUGAUGUUGAAAUAGGGUUAGGCAUUACCAUUAUAUCAAGCCUGAAAUCAGGUAGAAUAAUCAUGAAACUGAUCUUUCAACUAGAAACAAAGUAGAAGUCUGUAAAUAGUUUCUUACUUAACUUUCUAUCUUUUUCAUGUUACUCACAUUA